AUGGGAGGGUUUGGUCCUCCAAGGAGGCCAGAGCGGCUCCGGACCGGAAAUCACCAUCGAGGCGACUUCCGGUGGUGUUCCCUCAUUUCCGUUCCCCCCGCGCUCACUUCCGGUCCCACCCGCUUCGUUCCGACCCCGGUGAGUCCAAAAAUCGCCGUUUUUUGCCCCAAAAUCGCCGUUUUUUACCCCAAAAUCGCCGCUUUUCGCCCCAAAACCAGCGGGGGGAGGGGGAGGGGAAACCUCCGUGAGAAUUUCCAGCCAAAAUUGCGGUUUUUUCUUUCCAUUUUUCCCGAUUUUCCCCGAUUUUUCCUCAAAAGGGAACCCCGGGAUUCGGGCGGGGAGAAUUUGGGGCAAAUUUGGGGAAUUUUGGGAAAAUUUGGGAAAAUUUGGGGAUUUUGGGGGAAAUUUGAGGAAAUUUGGGGUUUUUUUGGAAAUUUGGGGCAAUUUGGGGAAUUUUGGGUCGAUUUGGGCAAAAUUUGGGGCAAUUUGGGGAAAUUUGGGGAAUUUUGGGAAAUUUUGAGGAAAUUUGGGGCAAUUUGGGCGAAAUUUGGGGAAAUUUGGGAAAUUUUGGGAAAUUUAGGGACAAUUUGGGAAAAUUUGGGGAAAUUUGGGUCAAUUUGGGCCAAUUUGGGUCGAUUUGUGCCAAUUUGUGUCAAUUUGGGUCAAUUUGGGUCAAUUUGUGCCAAUUUUGGUCACUUUGAGCUCGAUUUGGGUCAUUUUGUGCCAAUUUGUGCCAAUUUGGGUCAAUUUGUGCCAAUUUUGGUCAAUUUGGGCUCAAUUUGUGCCAAUUUGGGUCAAUUUGAGCUCAAUUUGAGUCAAUUUUGGCUCAAUUUGUACCAAUUUGGGUCAAUUUGGGUCGAUUUGUGCCAAUUUGGGUCAAUUUGUGCCAAUUUGGGUCAAUUUGAGCUCAAUUUGGGUCAAUUUGAGCUCAAUUUGAGUCAAUUUUGGGUCAAUUUGUGCCGAUUUUGGUCAAUUUGAGCUCGAUUUGAGCCAAUUUUGGGUCGAUUUUUGCCAAUUUUGGCCAAUUCUCACCAACAUUUUUCCUCUCUCCUCUCUCCAGU